AUGAUUCUAAAAUCGAGUUCAAAGAGCGAUGCCAAUGAAGACGUAACGAAGCAGCUUUGCGCAUGGGUGAAUCAACUUUCUUUGAGUGAUAUUCCUGAUGACGUCCGGACCCGAGCAAAGUACUUGAUACUUGAUGGUUUCGGCUGUGCAAUCGUGGGCGCUCACCUGCCUUGGUCCGAGAAAGCGGCCGAAGCGAUUUUCCAGAUGGAAUCUCCUGGAAAUUGCACAGUCUGGGGAUAUGACAAGGUGAACGUUCAAUUAAAUACCAGCGUGAAUUGUACACUGAUGGAGAACACAGAAACUUGGGCCACUCCCCGCAGCGUUGUGAACAGUACCGAGAUUCAGGCUUUUGAACUAGAUGAUUGGCACUCGUUAGCUCCCGUGCAUUCAAAUUCCAUUUUAUUGCCAGCCCUUCUGGCAGUCACUAGUCACCAGAGAGCUAACGGUGCACCGCCCUUUGAUGGUGCAGCUUUGCUCCUUUCAACGAUUGUCGGCUAUGAGACGGGCCCGCGAGUCGGCUUGUGUCUACAUGGAAGUCACAUGCUGACGAGGGGAUGGCACUCGGGUGUCGUCUUCGGUCAUGCUGCUUCCGCAGCUGCUGUUAGUAAGGUACUCGGGCUUCAUCCACAUGCUAUCGAAGAUGCCCUCGGUAUUGCUUGUACCCAGGCCUGUGGUCUGAUGUCUGCCCAAUUUGGUAGCGACGUCAAACGCAUGCAGCACGGGUUCGCGGCACGGAAUGGAUUAUUCGCAGCCCUCUUGGCAAAGAGUGGCUAUGUCGGUAUUAAAAAGGUCUUCGAGGAACCUUACGGUGGUUUCUUAGCUACUUUUGGACAGGGGUCUGGGAAAGAGCCUCCCUACUUGGUCGAUGAACUGGUCAAAGACCUAGGCCGGGCAUGGCAGUUGGAAUCUAUUCGCGUCAAGCCUCAUGCUUCCAUGGCAGGAACACACUGCACUAUUGAUACGGUCGAAGCACUCCAAAAAAAGCAUCCAGCAAAGUUGAUGAACUUGGCUGACGUCGUGAGUAUCAAGAUAGAGAUGUCUGAGCCAGCUUUUAAGCACGGAGGAUGGGAGGCUCACCGACCCCUAACAGCGACGGGGGCACAAAUGAGUUGUGCUUAUGCUGCUGCCGUCCAGCUCGUCGAUGCUCAGGUAUCACCAAAGGAAUUCCAGAGUCAUCUUCUCGAUCGGGAUACCAUUUGGGAUUUGGUCGGCAAGACUAAGUGUGUGCACUCGCCGGAACUGGGUGGGAAGUACGAGCAAAGGGUCACAAUCCAAUUCAUAAAUGGAGAUAACAUUUCUGAAACCGUGGAUGCGCCAAAAGGUGUCAAUCCUCCUCUGUCCAACGAGGAAAUCUUGGCCAAAUUCAGAAAAUUUACGAAAGGCUUGAUCGAUGACAAAAGACGAACUAUGAUUGAAAAGCUAGUCUUGGACAUGGAGAACCUGGAGGAUAUCUCCGUCUUGGAUGAUUUGCUAGCUAGUGUGCAGCCACUUGCAAAUUAG